CUCCCAUUCAACGCUCCGCCCCUCCUAGUCUUGUACUGAAACGAAUCCGCCGCUGAGAUAUGGGCCAGGCGCCUCUCCUAAAACAGCAGCAGCAGACUGGAGGGGUCCUGGACACUCCAGUUGCCUGAUCUGCCCCAAGCUGCCUGGGGUCUUCAGCAGGCAGGAGCCCCAAAUCAUGCAUUUUUGGAAGGAAAGGUCCUUUGACGCCUGAGACGGGCCUCAGAUGCAAAGUCGGAGCGAGGUGAUGACGAGCUGGGCGGGUCAUCUUUAAGAAACUGCAUCCUCCAUAGACAAGUGAUUCCCUUUAAUACGAAAGAUGACCAGCAGAAGUGAGUCUUACUCUCCUGGGCAAGAAGAUGUGACUGGGCUGACAAGCUUAUUGAAAGAAUGGAUUUAUCCAAAUGAUUACCUAUGGGAUUUUGGAGACUAUGCACCAUCUCUUUUGUGGGUGUUGAUGCCAUUCAUAAUCCUGUUUUCACCUACUUUAAUUGUGCUUGGCUUUAUUUAUCUUUCUACUGUUCUUCUUCAUAUUUACAAAAGAAAGAAUAAUUUAAAGGGAGAUUAUCUCAGUAAAUCAUGGGACAAUGGAAGAAGGGCAGUGACUUCUCUUUGGGACAUGUAUGGCAUCGUGUGGCACGGUUAUGAAGUAUGUGGGCUGGAUAAAGUACCAAAAGGACCAGGGCUCGUCGUUCUUUACCAUGGAGCAUUUCCUUUAGACUAUUUCUACUUUUUAUCUAGACUCUACUUAAAGACUGGAAGACUCUGCUGCUCAGUCGUUGAUUACCAUUUUUCAAAAAUCCCAGGUAUAAAGCUGUUUUAUAAUGUACAAGGUCUUACACAAGAUGGAAGAGCACAAUGUGUUGAAAUUCUGAAAAAAGGGUACUUGCUAGGCGUCUUACCUGGUGGAGUCCGAGAAGCACUGUUUAGCGAUGAGAACUACAGUCUGUUGUGGGGCAACCGUACAGGUUUUGCUCAUGUGGCCAUAGAUGCAAAAGUGCCCAUCAUCCCUGUUUUUACCGCAAAUCUUCGGGAAGGAUACAGAACACUUGGAAAAAUAUGGCCAUUAAAGUGGCUAUAUGAGCAUACCCGGUGGCCAAUUGUUCCAAUAUAUGGAGGGUUUCCAGUCAAAUUUUGCACAUAUGUAGGAGAUCCUAUUCCUUAUGAUCCAUGUAUAACAGCUGAAGAACUAACUGAAAAGACACAGAACGCAAUUAAAAAUCUCAGAGAUAAACACCAAAAAAUACCAGGUAGCAUACCAAAAGCUUUGUUGGAGCGUUUUAAUAAACAUCCAAAACAUGAUUAAUGAAAGCACUAGUUUGGAAAUAAUAUGUGUAUGUGUGAAUUGUAUAUGUUUAUUUAAUUAUAGGACACAAUAAUUAAAAUAUUACUUUGUUAUGUUUGUGGGUUAGUGUAUAUAAAAUAAGAAGUUAUAGCACUGUUAUUAAUGCUAGUCUGCAUUAGUUUUGAGGCUUUUUUCUGCUAACAAAUUGUGCUUUUGACUUUUUAAUGGUCUUUGAUUAAAUUAACCUCUUGUAACAAAAUUUGCUUGAACUUCUGAUUUUGUAGCACAUCUUUUUUGGUUGCUUAAUCUUUACAUAACUGGUAUUACUGUGAAUGAAUAUUUGGACUAUUACAUGUUAAUUCUGUAUCACCCCACAGUUCAGACUUUAUUGUUUUUAAUCAAUCUUCCUCUUUUAAUAAAUAAGCAUAGAUGGUGUGUGCUAUACUAAAGAUAGUAGCUAUAAUUUAAGUACCAAGAUAAAAUUGAUGUGUGAUUAUGUGUGAUUGUUACAAGAAGGGGUUGCAGUAGCAGUCCUUCAGCAAAAUGGAAUUUGAGUCCAUUUUUCAGGUUCCACUCCAACUGAAUUGUGUUCCAGAAUUAUAGUUAGAUUUUUGAAAUACUGGAAUUUUUGAAAUUGCUAUUACAUCAAAUCUACUCUGCUUUGCAUUAAUAGUCGAUUUAUUCUCAUGCAUGCUUAUUUUAUGCAUUUUGCAAUUUUGGAAAUUUAGCAUAAAAUGUAUGCAGUGGGCACUGUACAGAAUUAAUGAUGUAGUAUACUUCUGAAUGUGUAAGUACAGUUUUAUUUAAACUGACUUUUUUCCCAUCAUAUUACACCGGAGUCAGGAGUAUAGAUCCUCUAUAACUAUUUUAUCUGAGAGCCCAUUCCACUUAAGGCUGUUAAAGAGUAGUAACAUGAUCUAAAGUUCAUGCAUUUUUCUUUUUUGGAAGUCACUUUAAGAUUUUUUAAAGUUGAAAAGCAACAAAUAAUGCAUAAAAAUAAUGCAUAAAAUAAAUAAAACACUCUGGAUGAACAAAUAGACCAGUAUAUAAAAACAUUCAAGGCCUAUUACGUGAAGUAAGUAAAAAAAAGGUACACACCCAAUCAAAAUGGAACAGGCAAAAUGUGACCAAUCAUAUGCAGACCUUUUCCAUGAUUCAGUGAAAAAUCUUUUUCAGAUUGGAUGACAUAUCACCGCCUGAAAGUAACUGGAGGCAGAAGGUCCACACUUCGCAAUAAAUGUUGAUAGUAAUUAUAUCAUUGGCUAACACUCCCAUAAUCAGCAAUCACAUCUUGCUAAAAUAAUAAUAAUAGUGAUUUGUAAACUAUCUGCAAAUUAUGCUCUGUACAAAACAUAUAUUUCAAAAGUCCCACACUCUGCGUAGGCUUACAUAGUCAUUUAAUAUUAGUUACCUUCUACAGAUCAAUUGACUGCUAAUGAUGUAGCAGUUGGAGAUCUCUGCUCAACUCCCCUUUGUGAUGAAACUCAUUAAUCUGCUUCGCUUUGAUAAAAGGUACAUCUGGUUCAACUUACAAAAAUGUAUCUAUAAACUGUAUCCCUGGGAACUACUUCAGGAAUUAGGAAGUUUCAUCCAUCAGUCACUAUUUGAUAUAAAGAACAUGAAUUUAGGAUUACCAACAACGUAUAUAUAUCACUUGAGAAAUAUGUUGACACUCUUAGAGAGGAAAUUGAAAAUGUGGAACCAGCUGGUAAUGCUGCAGUGGCUGGCAGAAUUAUCAGAACCAGUCUUGUAAGCAAACCCAUGUUUAAUUAUCAAACUUUUUUAAAAAUGAAGUUAUUCACAUUAUGUAAAGUUGAGCCAGAAGAAAAACAAGAGAAAGUCUCCUUUAUGUGUGGAAAGCAUGUUUCCAAGUAAAGUCUUGCAUAUUAUUUACCUAUUUGUGAAACAUACAAUAACAACCAAAUUGUUGAUCUCAUUUCCUAAAUUGUGGACAUAAAGGCAUUACACUCAUUGCAAUACUUCUUGCUUAGCACUUUCUGCUGGAUCAACUGUAUCCCUUUAAUCUCCUUCCAACAUUCAAUAAACGGUUGCUAUUUCUAAA